CAGGAAUGAGCGAAGACAGCCGGUCUGCGAGGCUAGAAGCAAGAUGGAGUGAGCCAUGUUAGAUUUCUCUCACUGUCUUUGCAAAGGCGGUUUCCAGGACAGCGUGCAGAAUAGGGGGCUUUCUAUCAGGCUCCUUUUGGUCAUUUCUUCCUAGCCGUCCGAUUCUGAGCUCUUCCCAACCCUUUUCUUGACGACUUACCUCCCGCUGUCCUGGCCCACGCUACCUUUCGCGGCUGCGCAAGACCCUACGCAAUCCAAAAUAUUUCAUCGCUAAAAGGGUCCCAACUUCCGGAGACCGCCCGGAAGGGGCGGGGCUUAUGGUAGCCCGUUCGUACGUAUCGGCCCGGUUGUCUGAAGGUUGACGGAAGUGCUCUAUCUUGUUGCCGGAAGUGGGAAGAGAGAAAGGUUGUGAUGGCGGCUAUCGCUGCAUCCGAGGUGCUGGUGGACAGCGCGGAAGAGGGGUCCCUCGCUGCGGCGGCGGAGCUGGCCGCUCAGAAGCGCGAACAGAGACUGCGCAAAUUCCGGGAGCUGCACCUGAUGCGGAAUGAAGCUCGUAAAUUAAAUCACCAGGAAGUUGUGGAAGAAGAUAAAAGACUAAAAUUACCUGCAAAUUGGGAAGCCAAGAAAGCUCGUUUGGAGUGGGAACUACAGGAAGAGGAAAAGAAAAAGGAAUGUGCAGCAAGAGGAGAAGACUAUGAGAAAGUGAAGUUGCUGGAGAUCAGUGCAGAAGAUGCAGAAAGAUGGGAGAGGAAAAAGAAGAGGAAAAACCCUGAUCUGGGAUUUUCAGAUUAUGCUGCUGCCCAGUUACGCCAGUAUCAUCGGUUGACCAAGCAGAUCAAACCUGACAUGGAAACGUAUGAGAGACUGAGAGAAAAACAUGGAGAAGAGUUUUUCCCAACAUCCAAUAGUCUUCUUCAUGGAACACAUGUGCCUUCCACAGAGGAAAUUGACAGGAUGGUCAUAGAUCUGGAAAAACAGAUUGAAAAACGAGACAAAUAUAGCCGGAGACGUCCUUACAAUGAUGAUGCAGAUAUCGACUACAUUAAUGAAAGGAAUGCUAAAUUCAACAAGAAAGCCGAAAGAUUCUAUGGGAAAUACACAGCUGAAAUUAAACAGAAUUUGGAAAGAGGAACAGCUGUCUAAUCCCUUCAAGAACUGUUUAUAGAAGCUUGAGAAUGGGGUAAAAAUUUCUGCUAGCAAAAUCAAGUUCUUUUUGAAAUUUUAUCAGUAAUCCAGAAUUUAGUAGUCUAUGCCUUCUCACUCAGCAUUUAGAAAUAAAAAUGUGGUUUCUUAAACGUAUAUCCUUUCAUGUAUAUUUCCACAUUUUUGUGCUUGGAUAUAAGAUGUAUUUCUUGUAGUGAAGUUGUUUUGUAAUCUACUUUGUAUACAUUCUAAUUAUAUUAUUUUUCUAUGUAUUUUAAAUGUAUAUGGCUGUUUAAUCUUUGAAGCGUUUUGGGCUUAAGAUUGCCAGCAGCACACAUCAGAUGCAGUCAUUGUUGCUAUCAGUGUGGAAUUUGAUAGAGUCUAGACUCGGGCCACUUGGGGUUGUGGACUCCAAAGCCAAGGACAGUGAUGAGGAAGAUGGCAGUGGCCACUGGAGGACUGGAGCAGUCCCUCCUCAUGGUGGCCUGUGACCAAGGUCAGGGAGGAGUGGAGCUAUCCUUCCAUGAUCUGAUCAUGUACAGUUCCCUUUUUAAAAAGCAAUAAAUGCUUGGGAUUAGAAUUUCUAA